GUUGAGCUGACGAGAGGCUGCUGCUGUCUGCCUCUCUCUUCCCAGGGCCGCUGAUGGAGCACAGGGAUAAGGCUGACUCUCACAGAUCUCUGGGUCUCUUCUCACUUUUCCCCUAGAUAGAGGGUUCAGGCCCAGCAGAGCCUUGCUGCUCCCUCCAGCUUCUCACGCCACUAUGCCUCUGCUGGAUGUGUUGUGGGCUUGCUUCAGGAAAGUGAAGUGUUUCCCAUUGCUGCCAGUGAGGAAGAAUGUUGAAGCUGAGGCCAGAAAAGCCUGUGAAUGGCUUCGGGCAACAGGAUUCCCUCAGUAUGCUCAGCUUUUUGAAGAAGGUGUGUUCCCCCUGGAUAUUGGCUCUGUGAAGAAGGACUACAAUUUUCUGGACCAGGACUCUCUGGGGGCCCUGUGCAGGAGGCUGAUGACCUUGAACAACUGUGCUUCGAUGAAGCUUGAGGUUCAUUUUCAAUGCAAGCAGGAUGAAGACUCAGAAGAGGAGGAACAAUGCACCAUCAGCAGCCACUGGGCCUUUGAGCAGGAAAGCAAGUGUGGGUCUCCCAUGGGCUCUUCUGCCCUGUUGGCCCCACCAAGCCCUAGCCUCCUGGGGACCUCAAGCUGUGAAAGCGUCCUCACAGAGCUUAGUGCUGCCUCCCUGCCAGCCAUCUCUGUGAGCCUUUCACCUGAGUCAACAGACCUGUCCCUGUUAGGUCGUGUCCCCAGCCCAAGUAACCAACCCUUCCUUAGUCCCACCCAGGGCCAGGAGGGUUCCCAAGACAAAGUAAAGAAGCAUUAUUCCCGAAGCUUCCUCAAGCACCUCGAAUCUCUGAGGAGGAAGGAAAAGGGUGACAGUCAUCAAACAGAAACCGAGCAACACCUGGCCACCUCAGGAAAGGCCACCAAAGCUUCAUCUUUACGCAGUUGCCAUGGUUUCCUUUCAGCUGGAUUUUACAGGGCCAAGAACAGGGCCACCACUUCAGCCAGGGGCAGAGACGGUGAGACUCAGAAGGCCUGGAAGGCUUGGCCUGUAGCCACAUUCCGGCAUCAUCAGCCUAAUCGCUGGCAUGACUGCCUGGUGCACGUGCCCCGGGACCAUAAGCCAGGCACAUUUCCUCGUUCCCUAUCCAUUGAAAGCCUUUGUCCAGAUGAUGGACAUCACCUGGCAGAUUGGCAGCCAGGUAGGUGCUGGGGCUAUGAAGGGCGCCGGGGCUCCUGUGGUUCCACAGGCAGCCAUGCCAGCACUUAUGACAAUUUGCCUGAGCUGUGCCCAGCUGAGCCUAUACAAGCUGAAGCUGAAGAAGAGGAGAGUGAAAGCAGGUAUGCCCAUUUAGAUGACAUCUUGGAGCGUGUGUGGGGGCUCCAGCAGCAAGUAGAGCUCUGGUCUCAGAGCAUGUACCCAGACCUGAGACCUGGAGACAAGGAGGAGGAAGAAGAAGUAGAGGAGGAAGCUACUUCAUCAGUGGAAAUAGCAACAGCUGAGGUGGAAGGCCAGUAUGAAGAUGUAUCCCAGGCAGAGUCUCAAGUCCACAGAGAGUUCCCAGCCCAAGUCAAGGAGGAAGUCCAGCUGAUAGUCUUGGCUCACGACCCAACUGUGGUUGAACCAUUGGUACAGGCUGAGGCUAAGGCUCCAGCCCAGGCCCAGGAUCAUGAGCAAGAAGCAAACUCGGCUGCAGAGCCCACUUCUGUCUCCAGCCUAUCUGUGGAAGAAGGGCGCUCCAUUUCUGACACUGCAGUUUCCUCCAGUGAACUCGACAGUAGUGGCAACUCCAUGAAUGAGGCUGAAGCGGCAGAAGCCCUUGCAGGACUCCAGGCAUCAGUGCCCCAUGAACGACGUGAUUCAGGUGUUGGGGCCUCACUUACCAGACCUUGCAGGAAACUCCGUUGGCACAGCUUCCAGAACUCCCACCGUCCUAGCCUCAACUCAGAAUCACUGGAGAUCAACCGGCAGUUUGCAGGCCAGAUCAGCUUGCUUCACAAGGGCUCCCUGCUGCGGCUCACUGGCUUCAUGGAGAAGUACACUGUGCCCCACAAACAGGCCUGGGUAUGGUCAAUGCCCAAGUUUAUGAAAAGGAACAAGACCCCAGACUACCGGGGACAUCAUGUAUUUGGAGUGCCACCCCUCAUCCAUGUGCAGCGCACAGGCCAGCCUUUGCCCCAGAGCAUUCAGCAAGCCAUGCGCUAUCUACGGAGUCAAUGCUUAGACCAGGUGGGCAUCUUCCGCAAAUCUGGGGUCAAGUCCAGGAUUCAGAGCCUGCGCCAAAUGAAUGAGACCUCCCCUGACAACGUCUGCUAUGAGGGCCAGUCAGCAUACGAUGUGGCUGAUCUACUGAAGCAGUAUUUCAGGGACCUGCCUGAGCCCAUUUUUACCAGCAAGCUUACCACCACUUUUCUACAAAUCUACCAGCUCCUCCCCAAAGAACAGUGGUUGGCGGCAACGCAAGCUGCCACAUUGCUGCUCCCUGAUGAGAACCGAGAAGUGCUACAGACCCUGCUCUACUUCCUAAGUGACAUCGCCUCUGCCGAGGAAAACCAGAUGACAGCUGGCAACCUGGCAGUGUGCCUGGCACCCUCCAUCUUCCACCUCAAUGUCUCCAAGAAGGACAGCUCCUCACCCAGGAUCAAGAGCAAAUGCAGCCUGGUUGGCCGGCCAGGCCCCAGGGACCUGAGUGAGAACAUGGCUGCUACCCAAGGCCUAACACACAUGAUCAGUGACUGCAAGAAACUUUUUCAGGUGCCCCAGGAUAUGGUGGUGCAACUGUGUGGCUCAUACAGUGCAGCUGAGCUCAGCCCUCCUGGCCCAGCCCUGGCUGAGCUGCGGCAGGCACAGGCUGCUGGGGUGAGUCUGAGCCUUUACAUGGAGGAGAGUGUACAGGAGCUGCUUCGGGAUGCUGCAGAACGCUUCAAGGGCUGGACCAAUGUGCCGGGGCCCCAGCGCACGGAGCUGGCUUGUAGGAAGGCACCAGAUGGGCACCCACUUCAGAUGUGGAAGGCAUCCACAGAAGUGGCCGCCCCUCCAGCAGUGGUGCUGCAUCGUGUCCUUCGGGAACGGGCCCUGUGGGAUGAGGACCUACUGAGGGCCCAGGUGCUAGAAGCUCUCAUGCCAGGGGUGGAGCUUUACCACUAUGUCACUGACAGCAUGGCACCCCAUCCUUGCCGUGACUUUGUGGUGCUCAGGAUGUGGCGCUCAGACCUUCCUCGUGGUGGGUGCCUCCUUGUCUCCCAGUCUCUGGAUCCUGAGCAACCAGUGCCAGAGUCUGGAGUGCGCGCCCUCAUGCUUACCUCCCAGUACCUCAUGGAACCCUGUGGCCUGGGCCGUUCUCGCCUCACUCAUAUCUGCCGUGCUGACCUCAGGGGCCGUUCUCCUGACUGGUACAACAAAGUCUUUGGGCACUUGUGUGCUAUGGAAGUGGCAAAGAUCCGGGACUCUUUCCCCAUACUUCAGGCAGCUGGCCCUGAAACAAAGCUGUGAGCCUUAGGCUGACAUUACCCAAGGCCCUGCCACCAAAGAAAUGAGUGGGAAUAAGAACUAAGAUGCCCCUAGGGCAGAGCCAGGUCUAGGUGGCCCAGAUGCCUGUCCUCUUCCAUCCUAAUGCCACUCUGCACAUACAUAAGAGAAGAUGGUGGAGGUGUCCCAACUCCACCCACUGUCAUGCCCACUACAUUCUGUUCUCACAAGAGAAGAGAAUCCUGUGGGUGGCAAGAAGACCGUUGCUGCCCACCCGACCAAGAAGACCCUACUGCAUCUGGAGCCCCAGCAACUACCUACGGACAAGGGGAAAAAGGUGGAGAGUGAUAUGCAGCCUGGGCUCUCUGCUAUAGCAAGAAGCCAGGCCAUCUUGUUUGGUGCUAGAGUUCGUUUGAGUUCGCCUUUGGGGCCAACACUGAUCCUGAAUACAGUUCUGGAGCAAUUAAUGGGGUACAGCACAGGGAAGCACAAACGACCACAAUCCAUUUUAUUUAUGCAUAUGUGAUGCUGACUUUUUUGAAGCAGAUUGAGAGUGGCCCUAUGGGCCCUUAGUAGGUAACACAACGAACUGGGAUACCUUGGGAUAUGAGGGUGGAGGACCUUUUUUUCUCAAGCCCCAAGAUACCCAUUAACCAUCCUCCCCAGCUUUUUGACCCACACUUUAAUCUACUACUCCCUAGAGUUGUGGGUAGCCUUUGACCACUCAUGACCAUAGCUACAGGUAAAUUAGCUCAUUCCCACGACACAGGCCAGGCCAAUGCUGGCAGUGGCAGCAAGAUAUACAGGUAUACCCUCAUGCCUAUUGCCCAUGGUGGUGGUCUAUAAGAACAGUCCUUUACUAGAGUAGACACCCUAGACAAAACACAGGGAAGAGCUUACCUUAGCCAUCCAGGCCUUGAUCUCAGCCUGAUCUGUCCUACCCAGUGGCUAUGUUUGUUCAGAUAGAAAUCUAACUGCCAUUCAGAGGCCAAGUGGUGCUUUCUUAGUCUUUGGAUGAGUAAACUGGAUUGUGGUGGGUUGCAGCCAUCAUUGUAAUGUUAAUCCUGUUUUUCUCUGUAGCUAUACUGUAGAGCCAAAAUAUAUGUGUGUAUGUUUAUAUACAUAUGUAUAUACCUAUACAUAUACUCGCAUAUCUGCAUGCACACACAACUACUCCCUCUUGAGCAGAUUUUAAUCUCUAGGUGGGAGCUAGUCUGGAGGGCCUGGGCUAAAACACUCCUGUUGUAAUGAGAGAAGAGAGGUGAAGGACAGGCCACAGCAGUUCCCUCAGCAGAACAAUAAAGCAUGACUGGAGAUAUA